CAUCAAAUUGCUUAUCACUUGAGCCAACUCUCGUUAGUGAGUACAGAAUUAGUUUGUUUGCUUACAAUGAGACUCAUGCUGUGACUAGACGCACGCAUGACAUGUAAUUUAUCUUUAGAAAAAAAUUUAUUAAAAAAAAAAAACAAAUAAGAAAGGAAGUCACUUUUAGAGUUCGGACGUGACUUUCCCCUUUAUUUUCAUUUUUCACUCUCUUUCCCAUCUCUUUUCCCCUUUACUUUCCCUCUCAUCCAAUUCCAUUUCCUUUUUUCCCACCACCACCAUUUCCCCCGUGACCAUACAUUUUCUCUCUCCUCUCAACUCUCUCCUCUCUCACUCCUCCAUUUAACACCACUCCCUUUUCUCAUGUUUUCCCCUUCUCAACUCUUCCUCCUUUCCCACCACCACCACCACCACCACACUCCUUCAAAUUAUGCGCUCCCCGCAAUCUCAUCUUCGCAACGGCGGCGCCGAUAACCUCUCACCUCCUCCUCGUAACAAUUUCCCUCCUUCCCCUCACGAUAUCCGAUUCCAGUCUACCCUCUCUGUUCACAAACUCAAGCGUUUUAACUCGUUAAUUUUGGUCUUUCGUAUUGCUACCUUCGUCUUUUCUUUGUCAUCCUUCGUCUUUAUGCUUACUAACUCCCGCUCUUCUCCUCCUCACUGGUUCGAUUUCGAUGCUUUUCGGUUUGUGUUGGCGGCGAAUGGAAUUGUAGCGGUGUAUUCAUUGGUGGAGAUGGUGGCGGCAGUUUGGGAAAUAACAACGGGUACUACGCUUUUUCCGGAGGUUUAUCAAGUUUGGUUCGAUUUUGGUCACGAUCAGGUUUUUGCAUACAUGCUACUAUCAGCAAACUCAGCAGGAACGGCAUUGGUAAAGACAUUGAAAGGUACGGACACGUGUACGGUUACGAGUGCAUUCUGUGUGCAAUCCGACAUAUCUAUAGCCCUUGGAUUUGCUGGAUUUCUAUUCCUCGGCUUCUCCUCCUUGAUGUCUGGUUUUCGGGUUGCCUGCUUUGUAAUCAACGGUUCUCGUUUUCAUCUUUAAUUUCAUCCUUUUUUCUUCUUUUCACAUUUGUAUUUAUUAUUUGUAUCAAUUAUUACUCCCUUAGUUUCAUAAUAUAAGGCAUUUCACACUUGAUGACCACUAAAUUUUGAUCGAAUUAAGAAAAAAAAAAAAAAAGAAUAUUUCUUUGUGCAAGAGUGUAUGCAUUAUAUAAACAGAUUGCAAUUAAAAUGCAAUGUCAAAGUGUAAACAACUUAUAUAAUGAAAAAUAAGGGAGUAAAUGAUUUUGUGUAUGCUUUAUAAAUUUGAGAUUAGAAUAGAAUAUUUGGGUGACACAGAAAUGAUUCUGUUCACAUUUUCUUUCUAUCUUUAGAAUCUUUUUUUUAGGAAGACUGAAGAGUGGGAUGUGCUUAGGACGACUUGUUGAAAACUUAUUGGUUUGUUGUGCAUAUGAGGUUAGAAUUUAGUAUAUAAAGUUUGUUUUUGCAAAA